AUGAGGGCUGAGAGACGUAAAAUACAGAAUCGCGUGAAUCAACGCACCUAUCGGGACGGUGGCGCAAUGCAGGCCAGCAGUACUCUCCCUCCUCCUCCUCCUCUCUCCUUCUCUCAUAGUUCCGAUCAUGCCCUCUACCAAACUAGGGAAUUCCAGCGGGAUGCCAUUGUUUGCCGCCUGGCGCCCCCCCACGGCGGAGAACGGGCCCGCCAAUUCGAGCUGGCUGCGUACCGGCAUUACAUGCAGGGGACUCCCCAGGUCGACCAGCUGCUCACUCUGGUCAAACUGAAUGUCUACCGUGCAUUGGCCGCCAACCUGAACGCCCUCGGGAUGACGGACAUCAGGGGGUGGAUGCACCCGGAUGCCACGUCGGCCUUUGCCACCCUGCAGCCGAGCGCCGCCGCCCUCGACCGCGCCCUGCCCAAGCAUCUCCAGCCGACCGCCAUCCAGCGGGCGGUGCCACACCACCCCUGGCUGGACUUCUUCCCGCAUCCCCGGAUGCGCGACCGGCUGAUCGUGGCCGGGGAUCAGUUCGACGACGAAGAACUGUGCGUGGACAUCAUGGGCUUCUGGACCGCCGGGAAGGAGGACCCGGCGCUGAUCGUCUGGGGCCCGCCGUGGGACAUCGCCAAUUGGGAGAUGUCGGACGCCUUCGUCCGCAAAUGGGGAUGGACGGUCAAGGACUGCCCGGACCUGUUCCGGGCGACCAAUACAUGGAGGGCCCUACGCGGGGACAAGCGGCUCUGCAGCCGGUGA